GUGGAGUGAGGGCUGGGGGAGUGAGUCUCACUAACCUAACCCUAACCGGCUCACCUGCACACAGGACCAUGCGCUCCCGGGCUGCGCUCCCCUGGUUUUUCUUCCUCCAAUGUCUCCUUUUCUUGUCUCCUGUUCUGUCUUCCUCCUCACGGCCUCGGUGGAUUCUCCAGCGUGUCCCUGUGGUCCUGCCCCAGCAGACGGAGGCUCGACCAGCUCCUCUCUUCCUGUCUCCAGCCCGCUUGGAUGUUGCCUCUUCCUGUGACCCAGAAUGCCACAAGAAAGCCCCGCGCCAGAGCUACUGGGACCUGCGGCAUUCUCUGGCCUACGAGACUCUCAAUUCUGACGGUCACCUCACCGAGACCGCUAUUGGGAUUUAUGGCUACAACCCCACCUCAAACACUAGUCCAGCGUACUCCUCCGGGUCUUCCGGUAAGACCCAGCAGUCACAUGUCAGAAGAAAGCGAGAGAUCGGUAAGACCCAGCGGUCACAUGUCAGAAGAAAGCGAGAGAUCUUCGGCCAUGAUGGGCGUUUCAGCAUUGCAGGGCAGAACUUCCUGCUCAAGUAUCCCUUUUCCGUGGCCGUCAAACUGUCCACUGGGUGUUCUGGUACACUAGUGGGGGACCGUCAUGUCCUCACAGCGGCCCAUUGUGUCCAUGAUGGUAAAAACUAUGUAAAAGGAGCCCAGAGGCUUCGAGUUGGCUUUUUGAAACCUAAACAUCGUGAUGCACAGUAUUCUUCCACGUAUCUUCCCUCAAACUUUAGCAACCACAUCGAGGGAGGGCCCGCUCCAUACGCCCCACCAACCAAUGAUAAAAUGAAAUUCCAAUGGAUUAGAGCCAAGCGCACCCACGUUCCCAAAGGAUGGAUUAAAGGAAACGCCAAUGACAUUGGGAUGGACUACGACUACGCUUUGCUUGAACUCAAGAAACCUCACAAACGCCGCCACAUGAAGUUGGGAGUAAGCCCCCCAGCUCAGAAACUACCUGGCCGUCGCGUCCACUUUUCAGGAUAUGAUAAUGACCGUCCAGGCCAUCUGGUGUAUCGGUUUUGCCGGGCUGGCGAAGAGACGCCAGACUUGUUGUACCAGCACUGCGAUGCUCAGCCUGGAGCCAGCGGCUCAGGCGUCUACGCUCGGAUGUGGGAUGGUAGUCGACGGCGCUGGGAGCGGAAGGUGAUAGGUGUGUUUUCUGGGCACCAGUGGGUGGAGCGACAAGGGGCGUCCCAGGAUUUUAAUGUGGCAGUGAGGAUCACACCCCUCAAAUAUGCACAGAUCUGUUACUGGAUAAAAGGAAACUUUGUGAACUGCAGAGAGGGGUGAUGGAAAAAGCCACCCACCAACUGCAUCCUCCCACAUCCUUCUGGAAUACUGGGGGCCAUGAAGAUACACACUUACAGUCCCCAGUACAUGUAGCAUUGACACAAUAUAAAAACUCUGUCUGUCGCCCUAAUCCUCAGACAAUAGCAAGACAAAAAACAUAAAGAAAAAAAGCAUUAUAAUGACUUUAAUGUAUACAAGCUGUGUUAUAAUUGCUCAUGGUCAGUUUUGCAUUUUUUCAAAAUCUCAAUUUCAAAAUAUAUCAUUGAAAUAUUAAUCUGGAUAAUAAAACAUAACCUUAAGAUCAUAGCAUAUGACAUGUGGACUGGUUGAGCAGGAUAGGAAAAAUUAUUGUUUCUAUGCUGAUACAG